AUGAAAACCUCUCCUACAAAGAGAAGAAAAACCUCCAAAACUCCCGACGAAGACAUAAUCUCCGGCCUUCCGGAGCCCAUUCUUCACAACAUUCUCUCCUUCCUCCCGACAAUCGACGCCCUCCGUACACCCUCCCUCUCCAAAACAUGGCACUCCGCCUUGAAAUCCUUCCCCACCAUGGAUUUCGACUUCCGCUCCUUCCUCAAAUCGGCUCACACUCACCGCCCGUCAAAACCCGACAAUUAUAAUCUCAAGAAACUCACCCAACAAUUCUACCAACACGUCGAUCUUUCCAUCGCAAACCGGCCACUGUUCGCCGGAGUUGAGAAGUUCAAGCUUGCCGUGAACCUCGCCGGCCCUGCUCCGGCCCACCUCGACCGGUGGCUCGUUUUCGCCGCUGAAAAAAACGUUCGCCACUUGGUCCUUUCUUGCUUCUCCACGUCUCGACCGAGAAAGGGCGGCCGCCGAUGGCCCUACAUUCUCCCCCGACCCCUCGUCCGCGCCAUCCCGACUCUAAAAAGUCUCGACUUGUUCGGAUGCAGGUUUCUCGAGCGCGAUUUUUGUUUUUACGAAAAUAUUACUCGGUUUUCGCUCACGAAGCUAAGGCUCUCGCACGUUUUCGUCGGGCGAGAAACCCUAGAGAGUGUGAUCUCGCGUUGCGAACUUCUCACGGAGCUCUCGGUUGUCUCGUGCAAGGGUUUCGAGGUCGUAAGGGUUCCUAUGGAAUGUCGGAAAUUGGAAGUUGUGGAGUUUUAUCUCGGUAGGGAUAGCGAGGUUCAGAUUGUGUCGGUUCUGGCGCGGAAUGUGCGUUCGGUUAGUUACGGUGGGGGUGAGGCUAGCGUGCGAGGUAGUCUAAUGGGUUCGGAUUUCUUCGAAUGCGUCGAGGAAUUGAGAUUGCACGACUCGGAUGUGCAGGACGAUUUUUUAUUCCGGGUCGUUCCGGAGUUUGGGCGACUCGAGAAGGUGGCGAUCGAGAGGUGCGGUUUGUUGGAGAGUGUUCGGAUUUCGGGUGGUCGGAGGCUUAUGGAGGUGUCGGUAUCGGAAUGCGCGAUGGUUAGGCGAAUCGAGCUUGAUUCUCGUUUUUCGGGACGUCUUAGGGUUGAUUCGGGGUGUGAUAUCAAGGGAAAUUUUCUCAUCAUGGUGAAUGCAAUCAAAGGACUGUACAUUGCGUGUGACAUCCCCAUGGCCCAGUUCAUCAUCAACAUGAAUGCUGCAUUGCCUCAGUCACAGAAGUUUAUAAUACACGUGCUGGAUACCACUCGUAUUAUCGUGCGCACGGAUAUGGCUGGUCAAAUCAGAAGUGCUAUUGCAACCUUCAGAGAACAGAACACGUACGAAAAGCCCUCUUAA